AUGGGGGUGCCGGGCACAGGCUCGUCAGAGCCCGGGCACCUCAACACCCCAGCACGGCUGAACUGGGGGCCCACAAGGGAGUCACUACUACGGCCUGUGGGGCCCCCACUUCUGCUGCUUCUCGCUGACUCCCAGGACCCCAAGCCGAGGCAGCCUCCUCAUGCCCCCCACCCUGGCCUCAGCUCCCCUGAGCCUGCACCCAACACGGGUCACCGAGCGAGUGGGCUGAGCGGACAGCCCCCCAACAGCUGGUGGGAGCCCCCCCAACGGCCUGGCCACAGCUGCUGCGGCAGCUGCCUCGAAAUCCCCAAAUCCCGGCAAACCGGCGGCGGCACCGAGCGAGCCCCUGGCCCAGGCCGCCCCUCGUCCUUCGCUGAACUGCCCAUUGGGGCCACAGCCAGUAGGGGCCCCGGACGUGCCCACAGGUUUGCAGGUGUCACCUCGGGAGAGGCACUGCUGUCCCUGGGGCUGGGGUGGCUGUGGUCACUGCUCGGGGACUCAGGGCCCGAGGGGCAGCGGGAUCCCCAGGGUGGGGGUGGCCCCAGGACCAGCGUGUGCUGCCCGCCAGCUCCGCCGACACCCCGUCUUCAUGUGGCCCCACUCACAGGAGAUGCUGGUCUCAGGCAUCUGCAGCCGCAGAAACCGAUCCCGGGCGGCCCCCGGGUCCCCAGCCUCCGGCCCAGCUGCUGCUGGGGGGGCCGCGUCUGUCCUUGGGGCGAACAGCUGCAUGGCCGGAAGCCCCCCCCAACCCGGAGCAGCAAAUUCCUGACCCCCCUCCCGACAUGGCCAGGGCCCUCCCUCGAGGCCCCGCUGCCCACACCGGCCUCGCCGACCCCCAACCCCGUCCCCACCGUCGACCCACCCCCACCCCGACCUGGAGACAGCAUGGCCAGCAGGCCCCAGCCAGGGACGGGGCCACUGUGGACGCUUGCCUGCUGGGCUGCAGGCCCCUCUACGGCCCCUGCCCACCCCAACCCACCCUCACCCCCGGCCCCUGCUCCGAUCCCUGGCCUCCCUCGGCCCUACACCCCCACUGUCCCCCCAAACCUCACCCCCAUCCCCCUGCUCCAUCCCCCGCCCCUCGUGCCCCCCGGCCCCCCACGCCAGUCCCCACCGCCCCCAGCCCUGGGCCCUGACGCCCUCUGCGGCUCCUCCAGGCCUCGGCACCCCCCCCACCUGGGGCGCCCUGACCCCACCACUGCUCCUCAGCCCUGCCCGGACCCCUCACCCCCGGACGUGCGGUGGCCUUCUGGACGCGUUCCCACCACCGUCCGGAGCCGACCCUCCCCUCCUGGGGCCCUCGGGGACCCCCGCCUGCGCGAGGCCCCACGUCGUCACGCCCCAGAGCCCAGGGCCCAGCUCCCCCAGGUGGACGGCGAGGUCCCGAGGGGAGGCCUGGCUGCCCGGUCCCGCCUGGGCACCCCACAGUGCCCCACUGCCUCCCCACGUCGGCAGGACCCUCGCCCCGGCCGACCUCCGGCUGCCCUCUCAGACCCCCCGGGGCAGUGGGGCCUCAGGGGGUGUGGCUGCCCGUGCCUCGGCUUGAACUGA